CCUCAAUCAACACCUUCAACCAACAAACACUCUACAACCCAAUCCCAUACACAAUGGCUCCUCUCAAGACCGGCGACAAGUUCCCUAGCGGCGUCAAGUUCGAGUGGGCUCCCAUCGUUGAGGAGGACCUCACCGUCUGCGGUCGUCCCCAGGAGUACGACGCCGACAAGGAGUUCAAGGACAAGAAGGUCGUCAUCGUCAGCGUCCCUGGUGCCUUCACUCCCGGCUGCCAGGCCUACCACCUUCCUCCUUACAUCCAGAAGUUCGACGAGCUCAAGAGCAAGGGCGUCGACCUCGUUGUCGUCAUCGCCAGCAACGAUGCUUGGGUCAUGAACGCUUGGGGCAAGGCCAACAAGGUUGUCGGCCGUAACGACAUCCUCUUCCUCUCCGACACCAAGACCUUCUUCUCGAAGAACCACGGCUGGGCUGCUGGUAUGGGUGACCGCAACGGCCGCUGGGCCAUGGUCGUCGAGAAGGACGGCACCGUCUCCUACGCCGAGAACGAGUCCAACCCUGGACAGGUCACCGUCUCUGGCGCUGACGCCGUCCUGGCCAAGCUGUAAAUUGGAUUUUGCGAUGGGAUAUACCCCACUCAAGCAUAAUGCUGGAAGUGAUUGACAGGCGU